GAACAACAGCUUUCGGAUUCACUACCAAUCCUCCGGUUUCCCAAGCCCCAGGGCAGCCAAUACCUCGCCAACUGGGUCUCUAACAGCGCCCCCGACAUCAAGCAGCCGCCCAACAUGUCCGACUCGAACUUGCUGGCGGACUCGGCGUAUGAGAUCAUCAAUGGCACAGACAGUGAGAGCCAGGAUGGCCGCCUCACCGAGUCGACGGGCUCACUGUCUGUCUCCCGGCCCGAUGACGUACACAGCCUAGACGGAUCCGAAGCCCACUACAACAGCGAUUCAGACGAGGAAUCCGACCAUUCUUCACAUGCGUCUUCUAUCAGAUACGCCGAUCAGGCACUCCAGAAUCCUUCGACACAGCCGCCGAUGAGCAGCCUCGAAUAUGGAUCCGCAACUGAAGGGUCUGGUGUUGUCGUCCGCUCCAUCGAGUUUCAAGAAGGCAACGGCGACGGCGGCGACGGCAGCGACGGCCAGGUCCUCCUGGAGAAGAUAUCUGUCAAACAUACUAUUCGGGAGUUCACUGAGGUCGAGUCUUCCGCACUGGCACAAAGCCUGGACUUGCCCGACGCCCCGAAGCGGCUCGUUGCCACCAUUCGGCAAACAAUGUCCCAGGCAUAUCUUUCGACCAAGGAACCUCUAAAACUCCUCUAUGUGGGCCGUCCGGACGCACAGAGGAGUAUUGUGCUCAAGAUCUGCAGUGCAAUCUGGGUGUCGCCAAAGAACGGCGCCAAGGAGGAGGACUAUUUCAACCGCCAUCGUGAAGGCGUAUACAAUAUCGUGCCCAUCUCUUCGUUUGGUCCCUCUCCCGAGCUUGAGCUCAUGGAGGCGUCUCCCUACCAAAUCAGAGUCGACCACUGCACUGCUGCUGAGGAAAUCAUCUUUGAAGGGGCAUCACUCCCAAACGACACCGUCUACUCUAUUACCGUCGGGAAUAACAAAUCGUACCUGUCGCUCUUCUCCCCCAGCGGCUCGGUCGUUCAACCGAAGUGGGAUUUGCCAAAUAUCGCGAUAUUCUACUGUUCUGAAGAGGAAGACACCGAGUCCCAGCGCACCAGAGACGCGGCCUGGGCCUUCAUGAACCGCCACGGUGUGCCGUCCAUAUUCAUCACUGAGCGGCAGAGUUUCGGCAAGCAGCCUGCGAAACGCUGGGCGAAGUAUGUAAACGAGCAUACAGUUCAUAUGUGCUUAGAGUCUCGCGACCCAGAGAGACCAAUGGCUCCUCAGCGCUUUCCCAUUGACCAUUCAUCCUUUGUGGAUAUCGACGCACGGCAGAUGAACCGCAACCUAGCGUAUUUGGCCGGCUUGACUGAACCGGAAGAGCCAAUUAGUGAGUUGGAGACCUCAACCUUUGAGGGUAUCCAAGAACUGGGGCUGUUUGAGGCUUCAGAAAAGGCCAGGCGGGCGUGGGCAAAGUUCCUCGAUUCCCCCAUCCCGAAACAAUGGUUGCUUCUUGCAUUCAUUGCGCCCAUCCUUAUGUCCCUGAUUGUCUCACUCCUCACCAUGGUCUUCCCGGCGUCACCACGACCGGGAAACUCUUCACAAACUUCAAACCUGCCUCAUAGUCUGGGAGUCAGUAUGACCAGUCAUAUUCCGACCGUGGCUACCUCUACAACAACGGUUGUGAUCAAUGUCACUUCCACCAGGACCGUUCAGGUUAGUCAGGCAAAGCCAACAACUAGUACUUUGGCUUCUGCGUUGUCUUUUGCUGGACUUCUCUCUGACAGGCCGUUGACUGCCCCUGUCGACCAUGAGAUCAAGAAGCCAGUUUGCUCAGCGAAGAAGACGACCUGCUCUGUCCACAUCCACGGCCCCACCGAGUUGUUGGUUGCAAUCCCUGGACGAAACAGGGCACUGUGGCUCGCGCACGGCGCGAUCGAUAUCGAUGUGUACCGUGGCACCGAGCCUCUCAAGACAAAGCUCUCCUCAGUGGAUGAAGGAGUUCUCGUCGAGCUCGCGGCGAAAGACGCAUAUGGCAUUCUGAACGUCUCUGUUGUCACGAGUCGCCGACCAAAGAUAAACGAGACGUUUGAGGUGGAUUUUGGCAAGAGCGCGGUUUCCGAGGCCAUUGACGCGGGCCUGCAAAUAUUUCAAGGCGCUAUCCAGAAGGUGUCCGCCCGCUUCGGUGAAGCAUCGCAAUUGGUUGAAGACACUUAUGUACCCGCUGUAUCCAAGUUGUCAGCUGCAUUCGGGCACGCCUUGGCGGCCGCUCGGGAUCAUAGGUCAGCGGUGCGCCGGGCCACGAGCCAAGCCAGGGAACACAUUGUGCGCCAACUCGAAUCGGCUGAGAAGUUACGCAAAGGCGUUGAUGUCUCCAUCCUUCAGGCACAGAUCGCUUCGAGGCUGUGGUACCUCAAAAUGCAGGGAAGGAUGGAGGAGUAUGCCGAAUACCAGCGCAAAGCAUCCGAAUUUCUCAAGCUGAAAUACGACGAGCUGGCUAGGGUCCAGAAAGUCCAGGAGAAA